AUGAGGCCUAAUCAUCCAUAUAGUAUAACAUUUCCAAUAUGGUAAUGUGAACAAUGGACUGCAUUAAGAGGAAGGUUAAAACUAUCUGAUGAAUAAGUGAUAAUAGCAAGAUGGAAUAAUACAAUGUAUUUAGAUGAAGAAUUAGCGUUUUUUGAUUCUUAACACCGAAUUAAACCAUCAAAGGAUAAUAAGUUGUUAAAACCUCAGAUUUGUUUACUUCCUUAAAUAUUAUAGAUAGUAAGAACUAAUACAUAUACGGAUGUUUUAAUAGAGAAUGUAUCUGAGUGGUUUUUAACUAGCGGAGAUCUAUCAAAAUUAUUAUUAAUAUAUUUUGGAUAUGAUCUAUACACAGGAUGUACUCCAAGAGAUUGUACUUUAGAGAAUAUAAUAAGAAAUAAUGAUUCAAUAGUAAUUCUAGAUUUUGGUUUGAGAAAGAGAACAGAAAAGUAUUGCGUAUAUUGGAAUCCUCUAAUUCUGAAGGGAAAGCCUUGUAGAUCUUCUUAUUAAUGGUCUUUAGGGAUUAUGUAUUUAGUAAUGACAUAAGGGAAUUACAUUCUUAAUGAAGUUUAAAAACAUAUAAAUUAAUGGUUAAAAGGAGGGAGAUUGGAUAUUGGGUCUAUGAUAACAAAUAAAAAGUAAUCAGUCCAAAAUUUAAUAUCUUCUCUUUUAGAUCCAGAGAAUCCUAUUGCUUGGAAUUAAAUACCAAAUCAUCCAGCGUUUAGAGAAGAUAAUGCUUGCAUAUAAAUUCUUAAAGAGUUUUAGAAUAGAUGUAAUAAAACUGAAACAAAAGGACGAUCGACAUCUAGAAUGAAUAGUAUUGAUGAAAAUAGCAAUUAGAUUAGUAUUAUGCCAUGUCCUUAUGGAUUAAAGAAUCCUAAAAUAUGUGAUUAAAAUAUAUUGAAUUAAUCAUUGAUAACCAAGGUUGGCAAUUUGUAUAAAGCACAUUAAGAUAAAGUAAGAAAUGCUCUUUGCAAUUCUUAUUCAUCUUUGUAAAAUAGACAUUCAUCUACAUCUUAACAAAGUAGAUAAAUGCAAUAAACUAAUAAUAGUACUAAUAAAUUUAAUAAUUUCUUUAAUUCAACAAAAGUUUUACAUAAAUCCUAAGUUAAGAUACCGAACCUUGGUUUCAGAACUUUUAGAAAUUAAACAUAAAACAGUACUUAAAAUGCUACGUCUGAUUCUCAUAGAAAAUCUGGAGAUAACACAUCUGAAAAUAACAAUUAGGCUACAAUAAAAUAGGAUUACUUUAAUGAUAAAAUUAGAUCUCGUGUUUCAUCGAUAAAAGGAGAUACAAUUAAGUUAUAGUAAAAGCCUAGAAAUGGCUCUACACAUUCUAUUUCAUAAGAAUAGCCUAAACUAUAAUAAAAUCAUUAAAAAAAAGUAUCUUAGAAUUAAGAAGAAGUAUAAUAAAUAUAUUAACAAUAAGAAAUUUUGAAUGAGUAAUCAAAAUAAUAAUAAAUUACUAAAUAUUCUUAUUUAGAUUAAUAAAAUUAAUAACAAUUAUAAAUUUAAUAAGCUUAAUUAAAAUCAUAAGAUUAAGAUAAUGAAAUAAAUGUUAGUAGUGCUAACAAUUAUAUUUAAUUAAUUAAACGUAAUAGCACAUAAUUGCAAAUAUUUUCAUAAAAAUACAAUAGAUCUUUAGAAGCUAUCAAUGUAAUUGGGUAGACUGUUGCAAAAUGUUUAACUUUUUUUAAUGGAUUAUAAAACUUUUGGGUUAUUCCUUUAUUUUUAGUAUUUAAACGAAUGCUAUAAUUGAGAAAAAAGAUAGAAAAUUUGUUAGAGUAAAAGGUAAAUUCUUUUAAACUUGAUGAUUGGGAUGUGAUCACUUGUAGUGUAGAUUAUGAAAAUUAUUUAAAUAAAGUUAAAAAAGAUAAUUAACUUGUUCAAAGUGAAUUAAGUCUAUUACUUAAUUCAGCUAAAGCCAAAGCUGAAAAAUUAGACAAAACUAGAAGAGAAAAAGUUGAGUGGUUCUUAAAUGAUGAUUUGAAUGAUAAAAUAAAAGAUGUAUGUUAUACUUAUUUUCAUGGGUAAAUUUAUAAGAAUAUCAAAGACAAAAAGGGAAUAGACAAAUCCAAUUUAGAGUGGUUAAAGUUACAAAUAUAAGCUUAAGCUUCUCUUAUCAUAUGUGAUUUGCCUAUUUUGAUAUGUGACAAAGAAAACUUUACUUAUGAAGAGUAUUUAUAAACACUUGAAUUAACAGAUGAAGAAUAAAUUUCCUCAUACUUAAAAAGAAAUGAAUUGUAUCUCGAACGUAAAUGAAAC